AUGGACGCCAAGCCGCAGCGGCCACGCGCCCUCAAGGUGCACGACGAGAACAUGCCACCUCCUGCUCUUCCCGGCAAAACACUGCACCAGCGGACCAAGUCAACACCAGCCUUUUCGACCUUGAUGCAAGCGGGCGCUGUGAAGGCAGCGAAUAAGAAGAUCUUGGGUGAGGUGAACGCGAACCAGAAGAUGGCGAGGGACGACUCGGAGGUUGGCAAGGCGUCGCCAGGAAAGUUGGCAGUACAAUUGCUGGAACCAGUCAAGCCAGCCGCCACGUUUGCGAGACCGGCCACGCGACCUCUGGCACCAAAAGCAUCAAGCCAGACCAUGGUAUCGACGCUCAGCACCACAAAUCAAACAUCGAUUGCGGAGCCAGAGCCAUUGAAGAAGAUCGUACCCAAGAAAAGCACGAAGGUCUUGAAGGAUGUCCCAGUGUGUACGGCUGCGGAUCCGGAGUUAUCUCGAAGACCAGCCUCGACAGCGCCAGUACAUCACAUUCUAGCCGCGCCAAAGCAAGCCGUAUUCCCUCCUUUGGAGAAGCCAGCAGCAGCCAUCAAGGUUCAGGAGGUGCGCAAGACCGAGAGCGUGCCUUUGCGUGACGAGGCAGUCGUCAGACCCACGCAUAAGCCAGUAAGCGCAGGCAUAGCUUUGCCACCAGGCUUCGCGUCAGAGCAGGAGUAUGUCAACUUCGUGACAGCGCAGAAUGUUGCUCAAAUGCAAUAUCAGCCAGUGCUCAAUGGCCACGCACAAUAUCCUGGCAUUGACCAGCUCCCUGCUGAGCAAUUCUACGACAUCGACGAAGAAGAAUUCUAUGAGGACGGCUACACCACCGGCAGGUCUUUUGGCUUCAGGGGCGAGAGCACAGGCGGCGUGACCACAAUACUGGCGCCCAAGCAUACCGAGAAGGUGCAACAGGAGCUUGACGGCGCGAGAGCAUUUGUCGACGCUACCAGGACUCCAGAGGAUAUCGAGGACGAACAGUGGGACACCUCAAUGGUGGCUGAGUACGGCGACGAGAUCUUCAGCUACAUGCGCGAGAUGGAGGUCCGCAUGGCACCCAAUCCUCGAUACAUGGAGCAGCAAUCGGAGAUCCAGUGGUCAAUGCGAGCGGUGCUCAUGGAUUGGGUCGUCCAAGUACAUCAGCGCUUCAACCUCUUGCCGGAGACUCUGUUCUUGACCGUCAACUACAUCGACCGCUUCCUAUCCUGCAAGAUAGUGUCACUUGGGAAGCUGCAGCUCGUCGGCGCCACAGCAAUAUUCGUGGCUGCCAAGUACGAAGAGGUGCAAUGCCCGACCAUUGCCGAGAUCAUCUACAUGGUCGAUGGUGGCUACAGCGCAGAUGAGCUACUUAAAGCAGAGCGCUUCAUGCUCAGCAUGCUGCAAUUCGAGCUCGGCUGGCCAGGACCCAUGAGCUUUCUUCGACGCAUCAGCAAGGCCGACGACUACGACCUUGAGACUCGUACGUUGGCCAAGUACUUUCUCGAAGUCACUGUCAUGGACGAGCGAUUCGUAGGCUGUACUCCAAGCUUCCUCGCGGCCGGUGCUCACUGCAUUGCCCGCCUUAUGCUACGCAAGGGCGACUGGUCUGCUGCCCACGUCUUCUAUUCCAACUACACCUAUUCUCAGCUUCGGCAGUUGCUGGCGGGUAUCCUGGAGUGUUGUGAGAAGCCACAGAAGCAUCAUGCCGCCGUGUUCGAGAAGUACAUGGACAAGCGGUAUAAGCGAGCCUCGACAUUCGUGGCUACUGAGAUGCAGAGGGGUUUCCAGCUGCCAGGUGUGGUGCGAGGAGCCUCGUCGGGACCAAUGGACCUCGCAUGCCAACGUCUGUGGUAG